GUGACGAUGACCUCGGGUUUGGCUGUGCUGUGUGUGCUGCUCUUGCAGGGCGGAGCUCUCGGCUUUGGGAUAUUACCGGGGAAGUCCCUGAACCACCCGAAAAUCACCGAGAGAGCCGUUUUCAAUGCAACUGUCCAGGUGUGCCGUAAUCUGGCCCUGGCUGCUGGGACAGGCUUCACUUUCCCCUCACAGCCUUGGACCGCUGAAGCCGUUGCCGUCGCUUGUGGCUCGCCCUCGUCCUCCAAGACUUUCCGUCAGGCCGUUAAGACUAUCAAGUGGAGGAACAUACGGGUAGACAUCCGCCAUCCGCUCAACUCGAGCUUUCAUUUUGAUGAGGAACACUUCACACAGGGAAGGAAAAUCAUCACGGAUGGUUUGUCAGUGGUCAAGGCCAGUAACAAACAAGAGAAUUAUGAGGCCGCCAGACAGAAGCUGGGAGAAAUUUUACACCCCUUACAGGAUUUUUACAGUCACAGUAACUGGGUUGAACUUGGCAAUAAAAUGCCCAACUCUAAUCUCAUCAAAUCAGGCACCAGCAUUGGCAACACAGCAGAUUUGAACAGGGCAACCUGCCGCAACUGUGACGGGGACGACUGCAGGAACAACAUCCUGGACGACAUCCUAAAGGAGAAGAUACUGACCACGGGCUACUUUGGUCUUGUGCCUUUUUUCUCAACCAAACCAAAAGGAAAAUGCAGCCAUGGAGGAAAGCUUGAUCAAACAAGUAGGAUUGAGCCUAAAGGUGGGAUCAAUAAGGACUCCCAGACCUCCAGUCAUGGGCAUCUCCAUUUUGACGCAGCCAAUGUGGCCAUCGCUGCAACCAGAGAGCUGCUGGAGGACGUCCAAGCGGCCGCUGGAGACAUCGAGUUCCUGCAAAUGAUGGGAAUCUCUAAGGGAUCCAACAAAGCUCUUUGCAUUGUGAUUGACACCACAGGCAGCAUGGCAGAUGAAAUAGCAGCGGUGAAGGCUGUGACCUCUUUUAUAAUCGACAGUAAAGUAGGAACUGAGGAUGAACCCUCUGUCUACAUCCUGGUUCCUUUCAAUGAUCCAGACUUUGGGCCACUAAUAAGGACUACAGACCCAGAAGUCUUCAAGACUCGAAUUAAUGCACUGUCAGAACACGGUGGCGGGGAUUUUGCUGAAAUGAGUCUUUCGGCACUUCAGCUGGCUUUAACCGGUGCUCCUCCUAGUUCAGAGAUCUUCCUUUUUACUGAUGCCACUGCAAAAGACAAACAUCUAAAAAGCACGGUGACUGCGCUGAUUGAACGGACCAAGACAGUGGUGAACUUCAUGUUAACAAAUGUUUUGGGGCUACGUCGCUGGAAAGAGGGUGAAAAAAACCAAUCUUACAGUCAUACAAGGAGGACAGAGGACCAACUCUACAGGGAACUGGCUCAGGCUUCAGGAGGACAAGCUAUUGAAGUCGCCAAAAAUGAGCUGUCUCAGGCUGUUAGCAUUAUAACCAAGUCCUCCAGCUCCUCUCUGGUGACAGUUCUUCAGCUAGUUAGGAACCCAGGAACAGCAGAAAAAUUCUUCUUCUCCAUAGAAGAGUCUAUGAGAGAUCUUACCAUUUACAUCACAGGACGUUCCCUCACCUUCGCUCUCGUCAGCCCCUCAGGUGUGACCCAGAUUAGUACUGAGAAGACCGGCUCACUGGGGACCAUCCAGUCUGUGGGGAACUUCAUAACUAUACAGCUAAGCACGCAAACGGGAAUGUGGGGAAUCAAAAUGGAGUCAGCAAACCCUUACACUCUGAAGGUCAUAGGUCAAAGUGGCACUGACUUUUUGUUCGACUUUGUGGAGGUCUCCAAGGGCCCCUUUUCGGGGUAUGAAGUUCUGGAAGCCCGUCCUAGAGCUGGUGUGAAUGGCAGCUUGUUGGUUUCCCUCACGGGAAGUGCCGAAGCCACGGUGACAGAGGUAUCUCUUGUGGAAGUAGCGGGGUCAGGAGAGGUUACCGGCACCAUUGAGUCACUGGAAGAUGGAGACUUCUUAGUUCACGUUGACCCGAUUCCAUCGGUGGAGUUUGUGGUUCGUCUUAAGGGGCAGGUGACCGUGAUGACUUCGGCAACCACUUUUCAAAGACAGUCCUCCACCAGCUUCAGAGCCUCCAGCCUCAGUGUUACUGCUGAUGCAGAUGACAUCAUAGUACCGGGGACGCCGUUCUCGGUACCCUUCACUGUUAUGACCAACGGGACAGGGGGAAACUUCUCCAUCCGAGCUACCAACGACCGCAGUUUUGACUCAACGUUUCCAACCAGCCUGAUGGUGCCAGGUGUUGGCAGUGCCAACGGUACAGUGACCCUGACGGCGCCUCUUAACACGCCGUCUGGUAGCGAUGUCACCCUGACCAUUGAAGCAGAGGCUCCAGGGGCCACAGACACCAACUACGUUGUGAUGCGUAUCUCCAUCGUCAACACGGUGACUGAUUUUGUUCAGCCGACGUGUCGCCUGGUCAGCCUUCAGUCUAGAUGCCCAGGCAACUGCGCCUCAUCUACCUGGGAGCUCUCCGUCAACCUGAGCGACGGGGCUGAAGGGACGGGCAUCGGGCGUGUCAGCCUCAAACAGGGCAACGGGACCCUGAACACCAGCGCAGCAGUUGCGGCAAAUGGCGAGAACAUAACUCUGGUGUCUUACAGCGCCUCCUGCUGCUCACCCAGCGUAGAGCUUAUGGUUGUAGACGGGGUGGGCAACGUAGGCUCCUGUUUCUUCACCCUCAGGGCAACAACAACAACCGACAGCCCACAGGUUGAGAACACUGUCACACCAGCCGCUUUGUCUGCGGCCACCAAGGCCCAUUGGUCCUCCCUCAUCCCCGUCCUCACACUGAUGGCGGUCACACAGACACUCGGGGCCUUCAUACCCACUGAACUGGGGAUGCACUGAUUGUUUCUGCGUUUUUCUGUUUUUUUGUUGUUGUUUUUUUUUUUGACAAAUGUUUAACAACCAUGUUGUUAUGGUUGUUUGGAGUUGCUGUUUAACUAGUAAAUAUUU